UGUGAACGUCAUGGAAGGAAUAGUGGAGAGAGGCUACCAUGUUCUCCGUAGUGGCAUCGAGAAAAAAAAAUGAGGGAGGAGAGGGCUGUUUGUUUCUUUCGUGCUACUUAGCUUCGCCCUUAGCUCACUAUCAAUCAACACGGGCAAGCUAGUGCCAUUGAAGGGCGUUUGCUCACGCGAUCAACUUGGCGGUGGAUGACGUUUAAGUUCUCACAGCUGGUCCAAUUUGAAAGUGGGAUCAGAUCAACCAUGACCACGAGGGUAUGGAGGCACUUGAUCAUCGCGAUUGGAGGGUGUUGGGAAGGCGAAGCGUCCAUUGUUGCUGCCGUGUGCGGGAUGUGUACGGAGGAUCUAUCGAUAAAAUACCGGCUCCUGCGCACCAAGUGACCCAAGAGGGUCGGCAAACCCGAUUCAGGUCAUGGCUCGCAAAUCCCGAC